AUGGUGCAGAAAGCUUACGGAAACUCUUCUAUGUCUCGAACACAGGCAUACGAGUGGUAUAAAUCAUUCAAAGAGGGUCGUGAAGCGAUCGAAGAUUUGCUUCAUUCUGGACGUCCAUCAAUAUCAAAUACUGAAGAAAACGUGGCAAAAAACAAAAAAAUUGUGUUGGAAGAUCACCGUAUGACUGAAAGGGAGAUUGCUCGAGACUUAAACAUUUCAAAUGGAUCCAUUCACAACAUUCUACAUGAUAUAUUGGGCAUGAGACGCAUUGCAGCUCGACUUGUACCGAAACACCUUAAUUUUUUGCAAAAAGAAUAUCGAAUGCAUUUGCGUGAAUUCAUCC